UCCCGGAAGUGGCCGGCCCAGAGCUAGAGCGGGGUUGUGCGCGGUCCCUGGCUGUUCCGGGGAGCAGUCUGCCGGGCGACAGGGCCCCGGCGGGGAGAGAGCCGUCCGGGCCCGGGCCGGGGCUGGGGCUGAGCUGGGCUGCACGCUGACGAGCAGCGGCGCGGAGCGAGACCUGGUGACGAUGGCGGGGCCGCUGGCGCUGCAGCUGGAGCAAUUGUUGAACCCGCGCCCGCGUGAGGCGGAUCCUGAGGCCGACCCGGAGGAGGCCACUGCUGCCAGAGUGAUUGACAGGUUUGAUGAAGGGGAAGAUGGGGAAGGUGAUUACCUGGCUGUGGGUAGCAUCAGAAAACUGGCAUCAGCCUCCCUCUUGGACACAGACAAAAGGUAUUCUGGCAAGGCUACCUCUAGAAAAGCUUGGAAGGAGGACCACUGGGAGCAGACUCUGCCAGGUUCAUCUGACAAGGAGGUAUCUGAUGAGGAAGAGUCUGGAGAUGGAGAUUCAGAGGGGCUGGGUCUGGAGGGAUCCGAUGAGGAUGGCAUGAGUGCUGCUGAGGAAGAGGAGUAUGAUAAUGACAGGGACAGCAGUUUGGCCCGGAAGAAGAGGAGCAGAAGCCGCCCUGAGGAAACACCAGGUUUUAGUGUCCAGAGCAUCAGUGACUUUGAAAGAUUCACGGAAGGAAUGGAUGACCUCGGUAGCAGUGAGGAGGAGGAAGAUGGAGAGGAGGAGAGUGGCCUGGAAGAAGGGGAUGGAGAUGAAGACUCCGUGGGUGAGAGUGAUGAAGACAGGGCUGCAGACAAAAAUAGUGAAGAUGAUGGUGUAGUGAUGACCUUUUCCGGUGUCAGAGUUUCCGAGGAAGUGGAGAAAGGAAGAGCUGUGAAGAACCAGAUAGCACUGUGGGACCAGCUCUUGGAAGGAAGGAUCAAGCUACAAAAAGCUCUGUUGACUACCAAUCAGCUUCCUCAACCAGAUGUUUUCCCUAUUUUCAAGGACAAAGGGGGCCCGGAAUUUGCCAGCGCCCUAAAAAAUAGUCACAAGGCUCUGAAAUCAUUGUUGAGGUCAUUGGCAGAUCUUCAGGAAGAGUUACUUUUCCAGUACCCAGAUACUAGAUACUUAGUAGAUGGGACAAAGCCCAAAGCAGAAAGUGAGGAGGAAAUUUCCAGUGAAGAUGAAGAGCUAGUAGGAGAGAAGAAGCAGCAGAGAAGGGCCCCACCAAAGAGGAAGCUGGAAAUGGAGGACUAUCCUAGCUUCAUGGCAAAGCGUUUUGCUGAUUUUACAGUCUACAGGAACCGUAUACUUCAGAAGUGGCAUGAUAGAACUAAGCUGGCCUCUGGAAAACUGGGGAAGGGUUUUGGUGCCUUUGAACGCUCAAUCUUGACUCAGAUCGAUCAUAUUCUGAUGGACAAAGAAAGAUUACUUCGAAGGACGCAGACCAAGCGCUCUGUCUACCGAGUUCUUGGCAAACCUGAACCAGCAAUGCAGCCUCUCCCGGAGAGUUUGCCAGGACAACCGGAAAUGCUUCCUCAGGCCCCUGCCAAUGCCCACCUGAAGGACUUGGAUGGUGAAAUCUUUGAUGAUGAUGACUUUUAUCACCAGCUUCUUCGAGAACUCAUAGAACGGAAGACCAGCUCCUUGGAUCCCAAUGAUCAGGUGGCCAUGGGAAGGCAGUGGCUUGCGAUCCAGAAGUUACGAAGCAAAAUCCACAAGAAAGUAGAUAGGAAAGCCAGCAAAGGAAGGAAACUUCGGUUUCAUGUCCUUAGCAAGCUACUGAGCUUCAUGGCACCUAUUGACCAUACUACAAUGAAUGAUGAUGCCAGCUGCAGGGCUAAAAGCAUCGGCAGAGGUUUGAAGGACCUAGUUCUGACCUGACCAAAAGAGCGACUUGGAACAGACCUUCUAGAGUCUCCUUCAAGCACGGGGAGGAUGGCGAUGAGAACAGACACACUAGGUAAUUUAUGGGCCCAGUUUGCUGGGAGCCAUGCCACUGACCGAGUCCUUACAAUCACGUCGUGCACUGCCACCUCGUGGCCUACUCGGGCGGCUGCUGGGAGACCUGCCUUGUCUCCAGAUUCAGGUAAUUAGUGAUGGAUGUGGGCAUCCUCGGAGUCCUGCCUGCUACUUUGCUACUUGAUUCUGUCAAGAAACGAGGUUGCUUCCUUUUCUUUUUAUCUCAUCUCUUGGAGGUGGGGGGUGUCGGGUUUUGCUAUGGAACUGUGAUGAGAUUUCAAGAAGGGAGCCUGUGAUUCACUUUUCAUUGCUAGGGGAUGUUGGGAGGAGAGUGAGGGUGAGUUAAGUGCUGACCUUCUGGCUACAUUGAGGAAUCUUAAGUUUUCUACUGUCGUAGUUUCUGUAUGUUGUCCUGUCUCCUUAUACGAGCUGCAUGUAUGUCUUCGUUGGCUUGCGUCCUCAACAGUACAGUCUCAGACAGGUUCCAACACGAACCUCAGCCUCUGAUACUAUUGCUGUGACGUGCUAGGGUUUACC